GUGAUCGACUGGUUGUACUGAAGGACAAUGCAAAGUGAAGAGUCGGUUGCAGGUUCAUCGACUGAUGGCCACAAUGAAUUGGAUUUUAAAUGUUUAUUAUUGAGAAUAUAUUUAUAGAAAAUAGGCCAGCUGUCGACGCUGGUCAUAAACGGAGACUGUAACUCCAAAAGGGGUGUGAAUCGUAUUAGCUUGUUUGUAUGUGGCAAUAACCGGGUAAAUAAGCUAGCUAACGUUAGCAAUGGUUCUAAUGAUGGAAUCGCAAUGCGAGUAUUUUAUGUAUUUCCCUGCUGUUCCCAUCACGGACCUUUCCGACCCGUCAAAAUACCGAACUCUCCCCCGUCGCAGUCACCUCUAUCUCGGCGAGACCGUGCAGUUCUUGUUGGUCCUGCGGUCCAGAGAUGAAAGGUCAGGUUCGGGCGGGACAAAGGGAAACGGGGAUAGUGACAGCGGUACCCGGGCUUGGAAGGAGCUGGUAGGUUCCCUCUCCGCUGUAGCAAGUGUCUGCCCCGGCGAGAGCCGACAUCGCUCCCAACUUCACCCCCACGAGUUCCAGAGAAGCUACAGCGACGACGGUGCAGACGAGGACCCCGACGAGGUUGACUUUGCUGUGGGUACAGCCCAUAUAGGCAGAAGGGAGUCCAGGAACCGAGGCUUCAGAGAAUGCAAGCCGCUUCUCAUUCACAAUAACACGGGGAGUGAUGGGCGGCAGUAUCGGCGGGCACCGAUGCAGUCACCCAUGGACAAGCCAGUGGUACUGAACGAUGAGGUCAUCUUCCCUCUGACCGUCUCAUUGGACAAACUCCACGUCAACACGCUCAAGGUCAAGAUCGUAGUGACAGUGUGGAAGCAGGAGAAGGAGAAGGCAGAGAUCAGGGAACAUGGUUACCUCACCAUCCUACAGCUGAGGAGUCCCACACACACAUUCAGACAGGACCUCAACACCUUCAAGGCCCAGGUCAGCACCACCCUGAGUGUUCUUCCUCCUCCGACUGUGAAAUGUCAACAGAUUACCGUCUCCGGGAAGCACCUGACCGUUCUCAAAGUAUUAAACUCCAGUUCCCAGGAGGAGGUGUGUGUUAGGAACGUGAGGGUUCUUCCUAACUUCAACGCGUCCUAUCUCCCCAUGAUGCCCGACGGCUCUGUACUCCUAGUGGACAAUGUCUGCCACCAAUCAGCGGAGGUUACCAUGACAUCAUUCCACAGAAUGAACAGUAGCUCCUCCCACCUCCCCAUCAUGCUCUCUGCCCUGGAGGAGCAGAACUUCCUGUUUCAGCUGCAGCUCAGAGACCAGCCAGAGGAAGAGUCCAGCGAGGGUCUGGAGGUUCCAUUGGUGGCUGUGCUGCAAUGGUCUACCUCUAAGCUUCCAUUUACCAGGUACAUUUCGACCCACUACCAGCUACCCAGCGUGAGACUGGACCGCCCCCGUUUGGUGAUGACAGCUUCCUGUCAGAGUGCCGUGAGGCCGCAGGAGCACUUCCGGGUCAAAUACACCCUCCUCAACAACCUGCAGGACUUCCUGGCUGUACGCCUGGUCUGGACACCCGAAGGUCGUGGUCGGCAGGAGGACCCGUCAGCGAGUUCUGUGGUGUGUCACUCCCCCCUCAACAACUUGGGACAGUGUCGGAAAGGGUCCACCCUCUCCUUCACAGUUGCCUUCCAGAUACUCAAGGCAGGACUUUUUGAGUUAAGCCAGCACAUGAAGCUGAAGCUCCAGUUCACAGCGUCCUGUUCCAACCCUCCUGCUGAGGCCAGACCCAUGUCUCUGUCCCUGUCCCGUAACAACUCUCCCUCCAGCCCUGUUGUUAGAGACCUGCUGGACAGACAGAGUCUGGGACGGUCACAGAGCUUCUCUCACCAACAACCCUCACGGUCGCAUCUUAUGAGGACGGGCAGUGUUAUGGAGCGCCGGGCCAUCACUCCUCCAGUGGGAUCUCCAGUGGGUCGACCCCUCUACCUUCCCCCCGAACGCCCCGUCCUCUCACUGGAUAAGAUCGCCAAGAGAGAGUGUAAGGUAUUGGUACUGGAACUUGGAAGAGACUGGGAGAGCGAGCGAGGGAGGGAGGGUUGGAGGAACGAGGUAGAGAGGAAAUAAGAUGUAAUGGGAGAUUUAGAGGAAGAGGGGGGGAGGGAGGGAGAACAUUUCUCAUUGAGCUUUUCAUCCAACCUGAAACAAAACGCAAGAACUGUUUCACAUAAAAAUACAGACCACAGUCACCACACUGAAUGACUUACUCUACAUGAUCCACAUCAUUUCAAGACACCGGAGAAGUUACUUUCAACACAAUUCUUUUUUUUUACUAUUAUUUCAACAUUCUGUUUUAUUCCUUGUUUUAUGUCUUGGUGUGUAAUUAAAUAUGUAAAUAACUGUUUUACACAAAAAAACAUCGGGUGGCGAGCUAGAUCUGCAGUAAUAUUUGUGCUGCCAUUUAACGUGAAAAUAACAGGGUUUGGUUAAUUAACAAACUUUUAAUACAUUGUCUAACUAAUACUGUUAAGUGUUCUCUAACACUGUUCUGCAUGUGACAUGUUUGAUGUAAAACUUUGGAUGUUAAAGCUAGAGUCCUUGAGUCAAACAAUAACAAGCAUCCACCCCGCCUCUGUUUUUGUAAAACGCUUUGGCAUAGGCCUGGAGUGAUGUAACCACUGUCAUAGACAGAGCUAUGGAUGCAAGGACUGACCUUCCAUGAUAUCAACAUUAGAAUUUAGCCAUGUUUUGAAGGACUGACCUUCCAUGAUAUCAACAUUAGAAUUUAGCCAUGUUUUGAAGGACUGACCUUCCAUGAUAUCAACAUUAGAAUUUAGCCAUGUUUUGAAGGACUGACCAUCCAUGAUAUCAACAUUAUAAUUUAGCCAUGUUUUGAAGGACUGACCAUCCAUGAUAUCAACAUUAUAAUUUAGCCAUGUUUUGAAGGACUGACCUUCCAUGAUAUCAACAUUAUAAUUUAGCCAUGUUUUGAGGCUGUACGGUGUUUGUUCACAUUGUUUUACUCCAAUAGUUGUACACAAACUUAUAUUUUGGGUUCUGACGGGGUACAACAGUUGCUCAUGAGGCAUUUAUAAUAUUCUUCAAGAAUCAAUGGGUAUAUAUAAUUCAUAAGUAAAAAAAAAAUAUGUAUGUAGCAACUAAGGAUUCUAGCUUUAACAAAAGCGCCAGGAUGACCCAGAGAAAGGGCCGAGUUCGGUUUCAUUGUGGAAAAAAGAUAGUUUCACUGUUGUUACAAUGUAUUGUAGUUUAGUGACUAAGGGCCACAGUCUCUACACUGGAUUUAAAACAUUUAAUAUUUUGUCUUUA